AUGUUCCAUCCUCGGGACUAUGACAAAAUGCAGUCUGUGUUUCGCAGCCAGAAUUUGCGGAUUGGGGAGUUAAGUGCGCUGGACCUGCACUGUCUGCAGCCGAUGGAGUGGUUAAAUGAUGAGGUGAUCAAUGCGUAUGUGGCUAUGAUUAAUGAUACCGACACCGGUUUAAAAUGUUUCUGUUGGAACACAUUCUUCUAUACGACUCUCCGAGGGACUGCCGGAGGGAUGUCGGAGGAUAACUACGACUACAAUAAAGUGCGCAGAUGGACGAAGCGGAAAAAGAUCGACAUUUUCGGUUUGGACCUAAUGUUGUUACCAUUACAUGUGAAUCAUGUGCAUUGGUGUUUAGGCGUGGUUGACUUCAGAACCAGAUUGAUUCUCUACUUCGAUCCCUUGGGCCAGCCACCACCUUCUAGCUAUGUCUCCACCAUUCGACGAUAUUUAAGCGAUGAGUGGAACGAUAAGAAAAGAAUGGAACCACGGCCAACAGUGGAACCACCACCGCGAGCAGUGGAACCACGACCUGCGGAAUCAGGACUGGUAGCACCAGGACUUGUAGAGCCACGGCCGGAAGAACUGCGGCCGGAAGAACUGCGACUAAGGCCGGUGGAUUUACGAGCUACUAUGGCAACAGAAAGGUCCGAUGGGUGGUCCGACCUUCAGUCCGAAGGCUUCUCAGAUAUGAAGUCGCCAAGUUCGUUCAAUGCAGCGGAGUUUCUGUUUGCCGGCAACAAUUAUACGCUUUCUGCUCUCUGUCCUCUGGAACCGACAGACGGGACCUUCAACGACGUCUGCGUGUGCAAAAUCCCCCUACAGAAUAACGGCUCAGACUGCGGAGUCUUCAGCUGCAUCUUUAUGCGGGAGCUAGCCUUCAACAGAUACCCGUUCCACUUCAGCCACAAGGACAUACCCGUCAUACGUCUCACAAUGGUACUACACACCCCCUACCUAAUUCCCGUUCCCCUACCUAAUUCCCCGUCCCCUAUAACUUCGUUGUUGCAGUUGCGAGAUUUAAUACGCGGCAGCAUCGACCCAGUAGACCACGAAUUCGAUCUGGACGGCUUCGAACCAGUCCUCACCCAGUUCGCUGGCGAAGGCUUGGCCGAUAGUGACUACGGCGAAUGA